UAAAAUCUUAUUUGUUGGAAAGAAACCAAAAUUGCACAUUAAACUUUCAUGCGUAAUCAACAGCAGUAGGAUUGAAGUUUUAACAGUCCAAAGUUUUGAUUUAUUUGGGGUAUUCUGAUACUUAGCCCACACGAAGGAACCUAUUAGGACAAGUCUUGAAUUUCUUACUGAAAGUUGACAUAAGUUUAAUUUAGAUUAUUGUGCUAAAAUGACAGAAUACCAAACCGGUAGAGAAAUGUGAACAAACAGUUCCGUGUGAUUGUUAAAUGCACAAGCAAGUGCUUAUAUAACCUUUUUUGCUAACUUUCGGAUUAAAAUAAACAGUGUUUAAUCAUUUCGAAUUUCGAAGAAAAAGGAUCUUUAUAACAAAAUGCCGUGCAAAUUUAACUGUCCUUGUCGAAUUGGUCUUGACUGGAUAUCGGGAAUUGUGGAACUUUUAAGUUUGAUUUUCUUUUUGUCGGGAUUUGGGACUAAAUACUGGGCGGUGUCAGAAGAUGGAUCUAUACAUUCCGGACUCUUUACCACGUGCACCACAGAUGUACAUAUAUUGUGUUACGCUAGUCAUAACUAUUAUCAUUCAUCGGCAGCUAAAGGUAGGGUCAUGGGUGCUGCAGUUAUUGAAAUAUUUACUACUUGUGGAUUACUAUUUGUUCUACUUUUAAUGCUGUUGUACAUGUGCGGCUUAUUCGAAGAAAAGGCAGUUGGAAGAUUAGCUGCACUCACAUCUUACAUCACAAGUUUCUUUGGAUUUCUUGGUGUAAUUUUGUUUGGUGCUGGUGCUAACAGUAUUGACUUUUCCGUCGGUUGGUCGAUGGGACUAGUUAUUUUGGGAUUAUUAUUGAACAUUGUAGCAGGCAUUUUUAUUCACAUAGGAAGUAAUCAGUAUGUCGAUGAAAAACUAUUUCAGCAGUCUAAACAUCCAAGAACUAAAUCCGCUAUUCCACCAUUACCCCCUAUUCGACCGCAAGCUCAAGUGACGUCUCGAUUUUCAAAGAUGAAAUUAUCUGCAUAAAUAUAAAGACAGCUCAGCAAUACAAUUUAACGAAUGGCCAGUUGGUAACAGGUGGAAAGAUUUUGACGACAUCGUUAUUUCGGUGGACACUUAGAUAUAGAAAACAGUUUUAUGACGAGGAUUCCAUAAUAUUCCUAAUAUUUAUGAUAUGGCGUAUAAACGGUGUCAGAUGGUUCCCAUGUGAUUUCUAGUCAAUAAACACAAUAAGAAAGCGGCCUAGCAUACUGGACAAGCAUAUUGGUUGUUGUAUGAUUUUACCAAAGACGCGAUCAAUAGUUGGCUGGUUUUGAGAAUAUUAUUUUCGGAAUGCUAGUAGUGUGCUUACAUCUUAUAUUAGAAUACAAUCUAGAGCCUUUGCUGUUAUUUCAGUGUGUGAAUAUUGUUUUUAUUUAUAUCUGUUCGAUUUAAUUGGUGCAUUACUAACUUUUAAACACAAGCAUUAUGAGUGAAAUAUAAAAGAUAAUUUUGAAAUCGGAGGAGUGAAAGUUAAAGUGAAAAGCUUAAGCGCUUUAUAUUUGUAUACUAGUAUAUCUGUGUUUAAAUGUGUUUAAAUGAAUAUAUAAGAUUGGGAAAGAUGUGAGGGUUGAGAAAUAUACCGUAUAUUAUAAAAUUUGAUUACUUCUCAAUGAGAUAUUCCAAUAAAUUAAGAA